GAAAAUUUUUAGAAAGAAAUGUCUAUACCUAAAAGAGAUACUGCUGCCGAGCAACUUAGCGAAUACUCAGAAGAACAUGAGGACAACCAUGAUAAAAUUACAACUACCUGGGGAGUUCCAGUACCAGAAAAAGAUGCCAGCUUAACUAUCGGUUACCACGGACCAAUUUUACUUCAGGAUUACAAUCUAAUAGACGAAAUAGCGCACUUUACCAGAGAACGUAUCCCUGAGAGAGUCGUCCACGCUAAAGGUGCUGGUGCUUUUGGAUAUUUCGAAGUAACUCAUGAUAUCACUGAAUAUACUGCAGCUAAAAUAUUUUCUGAAAUUGGGAAGAAGACUCCUAUUGCCGUAAGGUUUUCUCAAGUUGCUGGCGAACUUGGUUAUCCCGACACUAUAAGAGACAUCAGAGGAUUUGCUAUUAAAUUCUAUACUGAAGAUGGCAUCUGGGAUUUGGUGGGAAACAAUGCUCCGAUAUUCUUUGUGAAAGAUUGUGCCCUUUUUCCUAGUUUUAUUCACACCAUGAAAAGAAAUCCAAAGACGCACAUGAGACCAGACUACGACAUGUUUUGGGAUAUGAUAACCCUACGUCCAGAAACGACACACACAUGUCUUAUAUUCUUCUCUGACAGAGGAAUACCGGCAAGCUUCAGAAAAAUGCACGGCUAUGGUACUAAUACUUUUGCUUUCGUUAAUGCCCACGGCAAAUUUUUCUAUUGCAAAUUUCAUUACAGAAGCGAACAAGGAGUCGAGAAUAUGGAUCCUAAAGUCGCCCAAAAACUUGCUGGAGAGGAUCCAGACUAUCACCUAAGAGAUCUCUACAAUGCUAUCGAGAAUGAGGAAUAUCCUUCAUGGAAAUUUUACGUUCAAAUCAUGACACCAGAACAAGCGGAAAAAAGUUCUUACGAUCCAUUUGAUGACACGAAGGUUUGGUUGCAUUCUGAAUAUCCUUUGAUUCCCGUUGGAAGAUUUACGCUAAAUAAGAAUCCUAGUAACUAUUUUGCAGAAGUUGAACAGAUUGGGUUUGAUCCUGCUCACUUGAUACCCGGUGAGUAAAUAUUUAUAUGUGUAUCUAUAAAUUUGAAAAUUGUGUAGACUUUGCCUAUUUAAAAUAUUAUUUUCUCUUUAAUUUGAUGUAAGUAUUACUACUGUGUUCUAGGUAUUGAACCAUCUCCCGACAGAAUGCUUCAAGGCAGGCUUUUCGCAUAUGGCGAUACCCAUCGAUAUCGUUUGGGCGUCAACCAUUUACAGAUUCCUGUAAAUAGUCCUUUCAAAGCAAGUCAUUUCGCUAGAGAUGGUAAAAUGACACUUCAUAGUCAAGGUGGAGCGCCAAAUUAUCAUCCCAACAGCUUCAAUGGGCCUAAAAUUGAUAAGAGAGCCAAGGCUUUAAGUCCAGUAAUACCAUUGCAUGGCGAGGCUACAAGAAUUGAUAAUGGAAACGACGAUAACUUCACCCAAGCACGGUUAUUAUACCAGAAAGUGAUGAAAGAUGAUGAAAAAGAUCGUAUGAUACAGAAUAUGCUGGUAUGGUUAAAACCUACGAAACCACAAUUUCAAGAUAAAGCGGUCAAAAUGUUUUCACAAGUGGAUCAGGAUCUUGGGAAGAAAUUGAAAAUUGGUUUGGGUUCUUCGCCUCAUAUAGAUUUAUAAAUUUCCUAUUUUAUUAAUAAAUUACUUUUUUUAUAUAUUUUAAUUUUAAUUCGUCUUUAUAGAGUCUAGAUUAUUACUAGAAAUGAUAAUAGCAAAUCAAUAUUUCAUUACCCAUCCUGAAACUAGGCUUUUCACAAUGCACG